UUUUUAACAAUACCUCGUCGGUCGUGACGGUCGUGACGAUUAUGCUUGCUAACUGGUGCUAACGGUGAAGCUGAAGUGUAGAUUUGGCGCGAAUUGUAGUUUGUACAUAUGCACAUUUUCACGAUUCGUGUGCGAGCCACGGACUGAGGUGGCCGAGUAUUCUACUAUCAUUACGUUUUAGUACUGCAUCAUUCGACUAAUUGUUCUCUGAUUUUCACGAGAAGGCGACGUUGCAAGGGAAUCAGAUUGCGUUCACUCUUCAUAUCGGUGCAUCAGCAAUAAUUAGUUCAUCUUACUAUUAAUCCGCACGUGGUCUCGCAGGUCCAUUUGUUAAUUGCUAGAAGAAUCUACAGAAGGGAAAGUUUCAAAGAUGGGGAACCUGGACCGACUUGAUAAGAUUCUCAAGAGUAUUCUGUCGUUACUGAUCUCCCGGAAAAAUCCCAUACUUGUAGCUCGUCUUGAUAACGAUUUUUAUGAACAAAACGGAAAACGUAUACCAUUUCGUAAAUUCGGUUUUGCCAACUUAGUGGAAUUUCUCCAAAAUAUGCCGGAGUAUUUCAAAGUUGAGCAGCAUAAUGAUAUUCACUACGUACGGAUUGCGUCGGAGAAAAAUAAGUACGUGAGUUCGCUGGUAGUGCAACAAAAGAGGAAGAAUGUGAAAAAUAUCAUAUACACUCCACCCUCUUUACGUAAUACCCCUUCUGAGUUCUACAUUCAAUCGUCGAUUACAUUCAAUCGUCGUAUCCAGCACAACUAUCAGCGAGUUAGACUCUCAUCUGACGAGUUACUUCAUCUAACACAAUAUAUCAAGAACAAUCCAAAUGGUGUGAGUGUGGACAAUGCUGUGAUGUUUGCACAACAUCUAGUACCACACAUCAAUCUGUCUGAAUAUAAUUUGCGGAGUCAACUGCGCGAGUUAUCACAUCAUUUGAUUCUAGAUGGUAACAUGAUAUAUCCGGUCCAGAAUGAUAAUCUGCAAGAUAAUGAAGCCUAUUCGCAGCCUAUGAAGAAAAAGCUGUCAGAGUCACCAAGCGAUUCAGGAUUGCCUUUGAACACGCAAAAUAUAUUUUUCGCCGGAGAGGAGGAUUGGGUGGAAUGUUCUAGCGAUGAAAAUGAUUUCAUACCAGCUGAUUGUAACCCCGGUAACAACUAUAUGAGACACGUAAAAGCGAGCGAGCUGCUUGAAACGGAUAUUGCGCAGCAUAAUAUGAUAUAUGAACAGAUUGACAUGUACAAGGUAAAAAACAAUUUAGAAAAUAAAGACAUGUACAAGGCUGAAAACAUUUCAGAAGGUAACGACUACAGUACCAUGAUGAGUAGCAGUAAGAGCAGCACAGAAAUGAAGGAUAUCAAACACCUUGUCCCAACUGAGAUAAUAAGCGACAAAAUAAAGCUUCGAUUAGAGAAAUUACUGAAAAAACAUCCGGAUGGUAUCUGGUGUGCUGAUCUGCCUGAUAUAUAUCUUUACGAAUACAAAGAGCACCUGAAUUACACCGAACUCGGCUUUAUUAGUGUGCGUGAAUUCACGUCACGCCUGCCGAAAAUUUUUUACAUGACGCAAGUCAAUAAAACCUCUGACUUUUUAUUAUAUAGCGCAGAUUUUUGGCCAGUAGUUUCAAAAACGGAGCCUACUGACAUAGCACAAGCUUCGAAUACACAUACACUUUGCAACAGACGUGACGAGCACAAUCCAGUGCGAGCACAUUGCAGAAAUGCUGAAGACGAUCCGCCAAUCCCGUCGGAAGUUUCGCCUACCAUUACCAAGAGAUUCGCUUCCAACGAUGUAAUGAAUUAUGGUGAUAAUGUAGAAAAAAUACUAGUAACUGAAUUACAAUGCGACAGAAAGUUUUUAGAGGUAUAUGUUUGUGCAUUAUUUAAUCCAAACUUUUUCUGGAUACAUCUUCGAAAAAACAAGUACCGUUUUUAUAGACUGCUAGAUGACCUACAUAAUUUCUACGAGUUGAACAAAAGUUCAUAUACAAUUGCAAAAAUCACCUUGCAAAAGGGCUUGAAUUGUGCCUGCCCUUAUAUGCAUAGGUGGCACCGAGGAAUUAUUAAAAGUGUAAAACCGGAUUUCAGAGUAACGGUAUUUUUUUAUGAUAUAGGCACUUUGAAGAAGUGCGCACCUGAGGAGGUAUUUUAUUUGCAUAAAAAGUUUUCCUAUUUGCCCGCUCAAGCAAUACCUUGCAGCUUAUAUAAUGUUAGACCAAAUGUUGGUGAUCGCUGGAAGAAAAGCGUGAAGGCUCAAUUAGUUGACAAGAUCGCCGAUACUCUUCUAGCUGCAAGCAUAAUUACUGUUGAUGCUACGAACAAUUCUAUGAUGGUUGUUUUGACCGAUACAACCGAAGAAGAGGAUGUGAAUAUAAAUGAUUGGUUAGUGAAUGAGAGACUAGCGCAAGUUGGUCAAAUGGCUGAUACCGUCGACAUGGCGAACAUAAUGAAGUAUGUGGUAAACAAUUGGUAUCAAUUGCCGACGUAUUGCUUCGCUGAGGAGAGCCUGAUGCCCGAGAACUGCUGCAAAGCAACAUCGACAGAGGGGAAACACGAGGUACCUUCAGUUCCAUCUGGAUCGACGCCUAUAUACAAUGGUAAUCAGCAUCAGCAACAGCCGAUGAGAUCGCCGCCACGUUUUUCGCCUCUCGGCAAACAACACGUUCCGUCUGCAUUGACGAGAAACUUCCAGAACAGUUAUUCCUUCGCAAACGCAUCGAGAAAGACGUCAAUCUCCGGCGAUGCGAAGACGACGACAAAUCCAUUCUUGGCAGAACAACAAUUCAUUCCUAAUGACAUCGAAGAACAGCUCUACAUGUCGAUCUGGAAUGAUAAUAAGACGUUGCAGAUCGAGUUGACUGACAUUCUUAACGAUUUCUACAAUGUGGAUUCGUCACUCUCAAUCUUGAAUCAGAUCCAAUUGAAUAAAAUCUUGAAAAUUAUUAAGGAGGUCUUACUAGAACAAAAGGUCAGUCAUUCCAAUGAAAACUUUGUAAAAACUUCUUUAACGUCCAAUCUUACGAGCGAAAUGACAUGGAAUGAUAUAGGUUCGGCACGAAAAGAGUCGUAUAACUUCAAUAGCGAAACUGUCGCAAAUCGAAAAUUUAAUGUAAAUAAUUUUCCGACAUCAAAUUCGUUUGACAUUAACACCAGUGACAGAUCGUCGCAGAGUAACAUGUUUUACGUUAUAUUUAUAUUUAUAUAUUUCUUAUAUAUUUCGUUUAUGCAAUAUCAAGCUUAAUCUUGAAACUGUGAUUUUUCAUGGAUGUUACUAUUAAAAUCUCAUGAAAAGAAUAAA